AUGGCUGAAAAUUAUCAAGGUAAAAGUGUUAAAGCAAAUUAUAAUUUUAAAGCUCAAAAUACAGAUGAGUUAUCAUUCAAUAAAAAUGAUAUAAUCGUGAUAACUCAAUCACCUGAAGGUGGAUGGUGGGAAGGAACUUUAGAUACGAAAACGGGCUGGUUUCCAAUGAAUUAUGUUGAAUUGAUCAAACAAGAUUCAACGCCGUCGACUCAGAGUACAGCAUCACAAUGUCAAGAAAUGAGAAAAAAUCGUGAAACAAUUCUUGAAACAUUAAUCGAAAGCGAACAGCAAUAUGUAGGUGAAUUAGAAGAAUUUCUAACUCAAAUAAUCCAACCGCUAUACAAUGCAUUCAGUCCCGAUCAUUCGUUUGACAUUCAACGUACUUACAGUCAAUUAGAUGAAUUAAUCAAAUUUCAUCGUCAUCUUCUGUCUAUUCUUCAUGAUUGUAUAAAAACGAAUCAUCGUAUUGGUGGAGUAUUCUUACAAUUAGCACCAACAUUAAAACCACUAUUUGAAAUGUAUUGUCAACAACAUGCAAAAACAAUAUUAUUUUGUAAUUCUAAUAAAGAUAAAAUUCUUUCCACAUUAUCAAAAAUUGAUCCAAAUGGAACAAAUAAUUAUUUAUUAUUAACAAAAAAUUUAUCAUUACCAUUGAAUAGACUUGAAAAAUAUUCCGUUUUAUUAAAAGAAUAUCUUCAUAAUCUCGAGGAAUUUCAUCCAGAUCGUGGUGAUGCUCAACGAGCAGCCGAAUAUUACUCAGAAUUAGCGCGUUCUGGAAACGAGCUACGUAAACGUAAAGAAUGGGAAUUAGAAAUAAUGAACAGUACAAUCCAUGGUUUAGAUGGUGAACAUCUAUCCUCGUACGGCGAAGCUCUCUGUUUAACGCCUGUGAAUGUCAUAUUCGAAAAUGGUCAGUCAAGUGAACGAAUUGCAUUGUUAUACAGUUCAGUAUUAAUAUUUCUGUCCAUAACUAAUUCACCCCAAGAAUAUAAAUUUGAAAAUCAUUUGUCUCUUAGUCAAUUAAUAUUAAGUAAAAUUGAUGAUGAUGUACUUGGUAAACGUGCUUUAAAAAUAUCCGCCCCAUCUUUAUCGAUGAUUGUUUCAUUUCCAAGUACAAUGGAAUUUAAUGAAUGGUGUGACAAAUUUCGUUCGUUAACUUACGAGCACAAACAUAGCGAAAUAGAAACACCGCAUACACCACAAGUAUCAAAAUCUGUGUCAAUGCUGGGUCAUUUACCAAAAAGUGCAACAGGUGCUGGUGCACUAUUAAAAAUACCUCUACGUUCGCCAACGAAAACUCCUUGGUCAAAAUCAUGUUUAAGACCUCAUUCACCAAAUAGAAUUCGUCUUGGUCAAACAAUUGGAUCAAGUGAUGGAUUAAAUGAGUCGAGUAGUGGAGGAAGCGGCGGUGGUGCAAAUAAGACAUUAAAAAGAUUUAUGACCAUGAAAAAAAUGAAAGCAAAUGAAUUUCUUAAACGAGUUGAAACUAGUGAGGGUGAUUCUCUUCUUUUAUCGGUUAUUGAAGCGUAUUGUGGUGCCAGUGGUAAAAGUCGACACUCCGUAUCAGCAGGUUCAAAUGAACAAAAUACUCCUAAUUUAGUAGGCAAUUCAAGCCCAAUUAUUUUAAAUGAUAGUAUUAAUAUUAACAAUGUCACGAGUCCUCAACCUAUAACAUCUUUAGACAAGAUUAUGCCACUUACGUUAGACAAUAAUCGUCUCAUUUCUGAAACAUUAAAUGAAUUGCGUUUGGCAUUAAAAAUGGUACAACAAGAGCUUGAAGAAGAAAAAAUUGCACGACGUAAAUUAGAAAGUCAGAUACAACGUUUGUUAACAGCUAAAUAA